AAAAGUUGAAAAUAUAUGAGAAAUCAUCACAAAGUUCAUGAUCAUCCGAGUCCAGUCCCCCGAUGGGGUGAAGCGGAUCACAGCAACAAAGAGAGAGACAGCUGCGACGUUUCUGAAAAAGGUCGCAAAGGAGUUCGGCUUCCAGAAUAAUGGCUUCUCUGUGUACAUCAAUAGAAACAAGACCGGCGAGAUAACAGCCUCUUCCAACAAGUCCCUCAGCUUGCUGAAGAUCAAGCAUGGGGACCUGCUGUUCCUGUUCCCCUCGAGCCUCGCUGGACCCUCGUCGGAAAUGGAGACGUCUGUCCCGCCAGGGUUAAAGGCCGUGGGCGCACCCAGCGCUGUGGAAGAUGAGAUCGACCAGUACCUCAGCAGACAGGACGGGAAGAUUUAUAGAAGCCGGGACCCCCAGCUAUGCCGCCACGGCCCUCUGGGGAAGUGUGUGCACUGCGUUCCCCUCGAGCCAUUUGAUGAGGACUACCUAAACCACCUCGAACCUCCUGUGAAGCACAUGUCCUUCCACGCCUACAUCCGGAAGCUGACGGGAGGAGCCGACAAGGGGAAGUUUGUUGCCCUGGAAAACAUCAGCUGCAAGAUUAAAUCAGGCUGCGAGGGGCACCUCCCAUGGCCUAACGGCAUCUGCACCAAGUGCCAGCCAAGUGCCAUCACACUGAACAGACAGAAAUACAGACAUGUGGACAACAUUAUGUUUGAGAAUCACACUGUCGCCGACCGCUUCCUUGACUUCUGGAGGAAGACGGGGAACCAGCACUUUGGGUACCUGUAUGGACGGUACACGGAGCACAAGGACAUUCCGCUCGGCAUCAGGGCUGAGGUGGCCGCGAUCUAUGAGCCACCGCAGAUCGGCACACAGAACAGCUUGGAGCUUCUUGAAGAUCCAAAAGCUGAAGUAGUUGAUGAGAUCGCUGCCAAGCUUGGCCUGAGGAAGGUUGGCUGGAUAUUCACUGACCUCGUCUCCGAAGAUACUCGGAAGGGCACGGUCCGAUACAGUCGCAACAAGGACACCUACUUCCUAAGCUCAGAGGAGUGCAUCACCGCAGGGGACUUCCAGAACAAGCACCCCAACAUCUGCCGGCUGUCCCCAGAUGGACACUUUGGAUCCAAGUUUGUUACUGCAGUGGCCACAGGUGGCCCUGACAACCAGGUGCACUUCGAAGGCUACCAGGUGUCCAACCAGUGCAUGGCACUCGUCCGCGACGAGUGUCUGCUGCCGUGCAAGGAUGCCCCCGAGCUCGGCUACGCCAAGGAGUCCAGCAGCGAGCAGUACGUGCCUGACGUGUUCUAUAAGGACACAGACAAGUUUGGCAACGAGAUCACCCAGCUGGCGCGACCCCUGCCUGUGGAGUACCUGAUCAUAGACAUCACAACGACUUUUCCCAAGGAUCCCGUGUACACUUUCUCGAUCUCGCCAAACCCAUUUCCUAUUGAGAACCGGGAUGUCCUGGGUGAGACGCAGGACUUCCACAGUCUGGCCACCUACUUGUCCCAGAAUACCUCAGCCAUGUUCCUGGACACUGUCUCCGAUUUCCACCUUCUGUUGUUCCUGGUCACCAAUGAGGUCAUGCCCCUGCAGGACAGUAUCAGCUUGCUGCUGGAGGCUGUGCGGACCCGCAAUGAGGAGCUGGCUCAGACGUGGAAGAAGUCGGAGCAGUGGGCCACCAUAGAGCAGCUCUGCAGCACUGUCGGCGUGCAGCUCCCGGGCCUGCAGGAGUACGGCGCGGCGGGGGGCUCCACGCACCCUGCUGCCGCCGCGUGGGCCUGUCAGCACUGCACCUUUGUGAACCAGCCAGGCACAGCCCACUGCGAGAUGUGCAGCCUGCCCAGGACCUAGGGAAUGGCCCUACCAAGCCAGGAGUGCUGUGUGGCUGUACCUCAAGGCCACUGUGGGUAGCAGAGGGGCGGGGUGCCUCCCCUGGGGCCUCCAGCCCACCGGAGCUUCACCACGCUGUCAUUACCUGGAGAGGAGCAGCCACAGGUUCUGCGGGCUGAAUGUGCUCUCCAACCUGGACAUGCCCCACUGCCUGGCCACGUGAACAGCCCCACUGGCAGAAGGCUGGGCACCUCUCAUCAUCUCCUGAAAUUGGGGGUCCGGGGAGGGUUGCUGCUGCCGCUGGCUUUCCUUUUCCUUCCUCUUUGAUGCUUCUGUCCCCACCCCAUGUCAGUGGUUGGGAGCUUUUGGCCGUCCUGCUGGGCUCCGGCAGAGACCCUGCCCACGAGGGCUGCUGUGGCCCCCCGUGGCCGCUGCCUGGUGGAGCGAGGACAGCUGCGGGCCGGUCCCCCAUCGGCCUGGUUGGCUGUUAGUUUGCUGCCCACCUGUGCCCAGCUCUCGCCCAACAUCCAGGUGGGGUCUCAAAGUCUGGUUGGUCUAAUAACAGUUCUUGCAAAUUCCUGCCAAGAGACUUUAUUUAUUUUCUGAUAGAAGCUACACAGAGGGGCAGAGAGCCUCGUCCGCCCCUUCCCUCCCCAGGGAAGUCCCUGCGUGUGUGCUGCGAGUGGAUGCACUCCUUCCAUGUAACCUCAGUGCCUGAGACUACUAAGCCCCAGCUGUGUCUGUGCAGGAGCACCGGGGUGGCUCUAGCCCCAUGGGUGCCCCGUGAAUGCUGGGUGGGUGGGGUUGCCCAAGACCUGCCUGGAUCCCCUCCACCACCUGCCAUACCUCUCCCUUGCCUCCCUGGCCCUCAGUAUAGUGCUGUGGCCUUGAGAUAGGCCUGGCGAGGGCCUCUGGGCCACCAUGGGCCUGGACGGUUGCUGUCGUGCUGACGGCAUGGGCUCUGGGCAGUCUGGACAGGGUCAUGGGGGAGCAGGCAGCGUCCUCUGUGGUCUCUAAGCGUCCUCUUGCUGGGCUGUGGCACAGUCCUUCCACGGGGGUCGUGGGCAUCGUGAUGCCCCUGUGCCUUAAUAGCCGUGUCUGAGCUGCAUUGCUCCACCGUGCCUGGGCCUCCGCCUCUGUCCGGGGCUCAGGCCUCUGCUCCUUGUCCUCAGCAGGGCAGACAGAACACUCUCCUGUUGGGCUCUCGUGAGACCAGUGCUGCGGCUGACACCUGGGCCCACCUGGUGUGGGGUGCUGAGUGCACCAACGUGCCCUGCCUGUGCUCUUAGGACCAAGGCCAGUGGUGCUGGGUCUGGUCACAGCGCAGCCACCCUGUAGGUCAGGAGAGUAGGCGGGUGGCUGGGCUAAGCACACUCCUGGGCGCGCUCCCCAGCUCUGCUGCCAGCAGCUGAGAAGGUGUGGAGGCCACUUGGCCCCUCUGGGCACCAGCCCUGGCUGGAGUUGACCUUCCUCUGUCUUGUCUGGUCCUAAGGUCAGCCCCGAGGCUUAAUGGCCUGGGCUCCUGGCCCUCUGCUCACCUGUGUGACUCCAAGACACUUCACGCCCACUCCAUGUCCCCACUGGUCAGGUGCCCAACAACACAGACUUCCAGAGCCCUCCCCACCACCACCAUCGGUCCCCAUCCCCCAUCGUUACCCUCCAAGCUAGUCGUCUUUUCUCUGCAACCAGUAUUCUCUCACCCUGGCAUUCUGGCACCCCACGUAAUUCAUGUUUUCUUUUGUCUUUCAGCUAAAGAAAAAGCAUUGUGAUUUCUCUG